AUGAUACUCGCCGUGCUCGCCGCAGCCUUUAGUCUACCACCCAUCAUAAGAACGGCCCCUCCAAACACACCAACAUCUACCAUGAAAUCGUUUCAAUGCCUCACAAUUGACCGGCAAGGAUGUGUCUUCAUCAUCACACUCAACAUCCCACCUGAAAAUCGACUGAAUCUAGCCGCCUGUCGAGAGGUCACAGAAGCUUUUCACGAAAUCCAGCGCGAACUCGGUCCUAGCACUGAGGGAGCCGUCAUCACUCGAGGCAGCGAUACUAAAUAUUGGUGCACGGGUCUUGAUCUAUAUGAAGCAGACGAAAAUCCAUAUGCCAAUAGUGAUGGAUUCUUCCCUAUGCUCGCAACGAUUCUCGACUUCCCAUACCCAACCGUCGCGCUGAUCACAGGCCAUACAAUUGGCGGUGCAUGUCUAUUUGCGCUAGCCCAUGACUACCGCGUCAUGAACUCGCAACGCGGAUACUUCUACAUGCCCCCCCUCAUACUUGGUCUUCAUUUCCAGGGCAUCGGCGCUCUCCCACGACUCAAGCUUGCUCCCCAUGUCGCUCGCAAACUGCUCAUGCAGGCACAUAAGUUCACUGCCACCCAGGCUCAACACGACGGUAUAGUCGAUGAGGCUGUUGGCCCCGAUCAAAUGUUGGAUGCGGCUCUAGCUAUCGCUCGCAAAUGGGCACAUACGGCUAAACAGAAUGUCUAUACUUUGAUCCGCGAGGAACUCUACGGUGAUGCAGUCUCCAAGUUUAAACUUAUCAGUCAUGUCCAUGGGAGAAUGACUUCGCGGCCGGCUGGUAUCAAACUUUAG